AUGAGCGAGCACACAAGCACCAAUGCUGACUUGCUGCGCAUGUCUUGUGCCGACCUCGCUCCACGGGGGAUGUUGGCAGCUGCGCCGGUGACGACAGCCGCAACGGAGCUGGCUGCAUCAGCUCCUUGCAGCGCGUCUGUCGCCGCUGCACCGUUUGUGCAUAGCCUCGUUUCUACGCAGCGGGCAUCCAGCCAUGAUGUAGAACCGUAUCGAGUUUGCCGAGCACAUGUGGACCAGCUGCUGGAGCUGCAAGGGGAGCAGAUGGGUCUUGCUCAGUCCUUGAAGGCCGUGCUGCGCGUCGCGUCCAUGCAUGCGACACCGGUCUUCGGUGCGGAUAGCACAGCCGGUGCUUCACAGCAAGCGAGCACCACCAAACUAGUCAUGGAGAACGCCGAAAACAUGUUUUCGGACUGCCACGGUUGUAGCAGCAGCAGGUCACGUCAGCAAAGGUUGCCGAGUGCCAGCGCCGAAGCAGGCUCCCAACUUGCACCAACGCCGUCAUCGUUGCCAUCGUUGGCGUCCUCUGUUACGUCUCUCGUGCACCGCCUGCAUGUCCUCCAGCGCGAGUCGGCCGAGUUUGCCGCCACCCGAUGCCUGCCUGCACUUGCGGAGCUCUUCGCCACCUUUGAGGCGUACUGGGUCUGGAAGCGCUCUUCGAUGUGCGAUGGCGAUGUGCAGGAAGAGAAGGAAGCCAGCACCACAGCUGCCACUGCGAGUUCAGUUUCCGCAAACAGUGCCAUGGAUGGUGCUCCGACGGCGAGCCAAGCGACUCAAAAACGACUCAGCCAGCAGCAGCGACCGCCAACGCUGCGUCAGCGCUACGAUCAGGCGCUGCGUGUUCGUGACGAGCUCCUCAGCUUCCUGCAGCUACACGCGGAGGCGGUGCGUGCGUUGGAUGUCCAACUGGAGCAGUGGUGUCAAUGUCGUGGCUCUGAGCCAGCGACACAAUCUGCUAGAGAGUGGCUAACAGCGAGCCCUACGGGCACCAGUGGCGCACCUGUCGCCGUAUCACAUGAUGUCGACACACAGGCCCACACCCAGCGGUGCGAGUUUGAGGCUUAUGUCUGUCAGCUUGUAGAGGUGGCACAGGCAACACACCACAUCGCGCAACUUCUACAGGCUGCGCUACGGGCGUUGUGUCGUCCUUCUCCGCACACUCCUCGAUCCUCACUCAAGCCGAGCGCGGAUGCAGUGGUGGAAGACGAGGGCCUCUCCAGUUCUUCGAAACAGCCACGACAGACGGAGGUGAAUGCAGCCCCCUCGCCAGGUUUCCACGAGCGGCGGUUUGGUCGGCUGCAAACCCGAUCUUCGGUCAACACAGGAGGGCUGGCCCACGUUCGCACGAACGCGAAGCGUGUCCGAGCGCAUCCGUCGACGGAGGGCAGCGGCAGAGUAUCACUGUCACAGGCACCUCACACCAGUGGCACUGUGGGACGGCCAGAGUGCGCCCUCCACAGUCUGUCGACUCCCGAAGCUCGAACCCUGAGAGGAUGUGCAAAGCCGGCGCCAUGCAGCGACGCCACACUGGCGAGCGGUGCUGUGGGCGACGCACAAUGCUCCUGGAUAGAUACACUGUCGCCGCUCACUCCUCCUCCGACCGCUGCAACGGCUUCAGUGAGCCCGUCAUCAUCUCCACCACUCCCAAUAGAACACAGUGCGCCACAUCAGCAGCUGCGGAGACAGCGACACGGUCGGCGCCGACUGUCAUCUUCACCGGGUGCCGCGGCUCAGGCGGAGGGCAGUACUUCGCCAGAUGCCGCCUCGUCCACUGCCGGUGACGUCUCGCUAUCGCCACUGACGGUGCAACGUGGCGAUGCCGCCGUCGUGCCUGUGUCCUCGAGGGAGGAGAGCGCCGACAAGGAGCCUCAUUGCCCCGCUCCAAUGCUUUCCUUUGCCUCUCGGCUGGGGGGGCCAGGCGACGCAGAGGAGGACAGUGGUGUCGAGGCUGCGGUGACGCCUGUCGUCACCAUGCGCCCUGCAGCCGAUAGAUCAGCGUCGUGCAACCUUGGCGACGAUGUAGCGAGGCACUUGAGCGCCGAUGCCGAGCAUCCGCCAUGGCCGAGGUGCCACAGUUUCUCUCAAGACGGUGCUCGGUCGCUACUGUGUGAGUUGGCCUCAGCCUCAGCCGAUGCUGCAGCCGGCGCGGGUGAGCCGCUAUCCACAGGCCCUCAGCCACCCGUUAGCCGUCGCCGCGACGUCCCUGAAGUGCUCGCAUUCGCCGACAGCACUCGUGAGAACUUUGCAGAGGUGACGGCCGACAGACAGGGCGCGACGGCCGUGUAUGUGCCACCACAGUCCGAGCAGCCAGCGAGCUGUCACGGCGAUGCUUCAGCCGCUGCCCUCACACCUGUGAUCGUCAAUGUGGCGAGGAGCGAGGAGGGCCACGCGGCAUCACAGCCCUUUCGAUCCCCGGCCCCUCCGCUGCAGCGCGCUUCAGCGACGUGGGCAUCUGUGUUCCACACCACGAGCACGUCUCUGCACCUCCUCUCACCGCGAUCGCUUUCGAUAGACAGUUCCGCGGGCUACCGUACCACACGCGACGAAUGCGGCGGUGCAUGCGAACAGGGCCUCUCCCGUGUAGUCCGCGCGGCCUCGAUUCCGACAUCCCUGCGGCCGCGACUGCAUCACAAGGGGGCAUCGCAGUCUUCCUUGUCUGCCGCACCGGUGCGGGCCCCCGCCGAUGUUGCAGGAGGUGCCCAGCUGGCGCGUAACACCACGGCGUUGGUGUAUACGCCAAGUCACGCACCGCCGAACGAACCAGAGGGCGAUGGCGACGCAGCAAGCAUCUGCUCCGCCUCGCGCACCGUAGACCCGAAUUUCUACACAGCGCGUGUCAGCGGUGCUGGCGUCUCGCCACCUCCUGCCCUUGCUGCCCCCUUUCAUGUGUCUGCGAGCUCUGCAGGGCUGGAACCGUUGCCGACACCGCUAGAGCAGACACAGCAGCCCGCGCAGCAGCAGGGACGACAGGCACACCAUGCACAAGAGUGGGACCGCACUUUCAGCCCCACACCCCUGCCAUUGGACAGCCUUGAGAAGGAGCUGGAUGAGGCUCAGCAGCGUCUUCAAGCACCUGCACUACUACCGCAUAGCUCACCGGCGUUCUCCGCCAGCAGCGCGGCGUCGGACAACCACCCUGCGCCCUGGCCGCAGCGCCGUUCGCUGGAGGAUCGCGUGAUGCUAACCAUGCGAGAAGAGCUCAAGGCUCUGCGCGCAGAGCAGCGUCAUAACUUACACAAGAUGCGCAAGUACGUCAAACACACGCUUGAAGAGGUGGCUGAAGCGGUCUCGGCGGUGAGCAGCCGCAACCACAGCAGCAGAGGCAGCAGCUGCGCAAGCAGCCGAAGUCAGCGCCCUGGGGCAGCACACAAGGGGAAUGACAAUGACGUUUCUGCCUCUGCAGGAGGCGCGAAGGUCACCGUCGCGGCAGAGAAGCAGCGACACGCUUCACAUGCGUUAGAGCAGGCCCAUGCCGAAGCAUCCACGACAUCGAACGAAGUGGCAAGUGCAUCAGCUUUCAUCAAGUCGAGCAGCAACUCAGCGACUCUCCCUUCUCGACUAUCGACCGCCCAGCAGCAGCGGCAGACGGCGCCUGCCGCGCCUGCAUCUCCGCCUUCGAGGGCAGAAGAACUGCAACGUUCCUUGGCAGUAGCGGAGGCAAAGGCAGCGCGGCUCGAGCAGCUCACUGUGCAACUGAAGAAGCGGCUGUGGAUGGCGGAGCUGUCGCGGCUGUCGCCCACGUCGGCGACACCAGGGGCCAGGGAGCGGACAGCAGCUGCAAGGCACUGCCUCAGCCUGCGCGAUGCGUUUGUGUACGGCCUCUCGAGUGACGCCGGCGACACAGAGGACGAUGACGGCAGCUGGGCCAAAACCGGGCAGGCAACCGGAGGUAUGGGCUAUUCUGACGAAGACGGCUCGGCUGCUGAUGGCGUAGCAGCCGAGGAGCGGGCAAUGCUGUACCUGGUAGACCGCGAGCUGGGCUGCCGCACUGCGUCGGAUGCCCGCGCUCACUCUCAGCGUCGCCCGAGCGCACCUCGCCAGACGACGAGUGAGGUAUAUCGCUCUUCGCGCCAGGCGUCGUAUGAUGGCAGCCGCUCUUCUUCCACGGAGCACGAGCGCUCGCCCAACAUGCGAUGCUUCGAAGGUGACACAGCCGACCACCUUGGGCUGGCAGUCACCUCGACGGCUUCCGCAGACAUCGCCAGGCGAUACAGCGGCCGCCGACUUUGCUCGAGCUCUGCAGCACCCGUCGGCACUACCAGCAGCACGACGGCAACGCGGUCACUCGGCAUUCUUCAGCAGCGUGCGUCCAUCUUUCAAGUGCUGCGUCAGAAUCAAGCUGCAAGGGGCGCGCAGUCAGCUGCGCCGACGGGGCAGCAGCAGCAGAGUGAACGCUCUCGGCUCCGUCCACCAUCACCACCACCGCUGCGACACUGCUCUGCAGGUACAGCGACGGAAGUCACUGCGGAGUUUACGGCGUCGGCGCAGUCGACAGCGCAUUCGCUGCCACCGUGUGCGGCUCAGCAGCCUCGUCCGCAUCCUUACAACGCAGGCGCCGCGUCGAGCAGGUACGAUAGACAAGCAGACGGAGGAGCGGCAGCUGGCUCUCCGAGACAAUCUGCCUCCCCACACUACUACACCGCGAUCUCUGGCGGCAGCGACACCGGCUUUGUCUCAGAGGCGGGGCUGCACUCAUCCGCCUCGGCCACCGCACUUCACGCCGAGCAGGUGUUGCAGAAUGCGAGGCGGCUCCUACAGAGUCGAAGUGCGUCUCUAGCUGCUGGGCAUCACAGCAUCAGCGACAACUCGCGCUCCAGUGCGUCGCUCUCGGGUGGCUUGCAGGCGGCCUUCACUGCCGUAUCAUCACCCAAGACACGGGAAAACGCUGGGGAUCACCGUUCUGAGAUGUCUUAUCACCACGGAGAGGGUGUAACAGGAGAAGCGCCUGCUGCCCGUGUCGGCCGCUGCAGCCGGCCAGGUCAGUGGGGUGAUUGCGUGGAGCAGCUUGACGGUGCCACACCUCCUCCACGUGCCUUUUCGGCCCCCGCUCUGCAUUCUGGCAUGACAGACGCGGCCAUGGCUUUGCAGCGUGUCAGUGGCUCGCUGGACCAUGGCGCAGCCAGCAUCUCCGCGGCUGUCGGUGGACAUGGGCCGCGCUCGCACUCUUCGUCGCCGGAGAGCGCCUACCACGGCUAUGAUACAUCCCCAUGCUCUGCCGUGGCGUAUUCCACCAGCAAAGUGCCGCGUGCCCCUUCCCCAUCCGCCGCCAAAGCCGCGCCGAAAUCGACGGCGGCGGGCCCACCGCUGCUGAUCGACGUGUCUCAUGCGACGACCAGUGUGACGCUGGCAAGACACGCGCAACAGCGUGUUGACAGCGCGACGUCGCCCAUCUCCCGCGAAGGUGCUGAGGCCAGGGCAACGGCGGGCCGGGGAGAGCGCGGCGCCUACAUCCACAGCGACGUCGGCUUGCGCCAUCGCGAGCGCAGCGCACGCACCGUCACGACUUCUAUCGAGCGCGACUACAGCCCACCGUCGGACCGCACAACGGACACACGUAGCACACGCGGGUUCCGCAGUUCUUCUUCACCCUUGCAUGCUGCUGCAGCGCAGCAUGUGCAUGACAGCCGGCAAGAGGCGCCGGUGCCCCUGACAUCGCGGGUGGGUCAAAGUGCGAGUCGCCGCACCUCUUGCUCAACGUCAUCUACACUUUCGUGUGGCUCUGCUCAGCAGGCGUUGCUGGACACGCUGGAAAAGCAGGCGUCCACUUUGGCAGCAGCCCUGGACCACCUUCAGGAGCAGCAGAGGCAGCUGAGGGAGAAGCAUCAGCAGCUGUCGCUGCUGGCAAAGCAAAGAUCCCUCGUCGUCUCUGCGCCUGCACCAUCACAGACGUCUCGUGGCGACUAUCAACGCACCGCCGGUGCUGCUGCUGCUGCUGCGAUGACAAGGAAAUCGUUCACGCGUACUUUCAGUAGAGACCGCGGCGGCAACGCUGCAGCGGCAGGGACGUCUCACGCCUCAUCGGACCUUCACCAUCUGCUUGAGCGAUUUGCAGCAGCGCAGACGUCUUUGGCCGAGCGCGAGCGGCGAGUACGAAAGGCGUUGCGGGUGGUGCAGCGGCAGCGGAGUGCCCUGUCGCGUGAUGACCUCCUCUAG